AUGAAGAGCAAUUUCCUCAGCAUCCCCACAGACUGUCCGCAGCGAGACGAGCGACUUGGCUGGACGGGCGACAUCAAUGUCUUCGCAGACACUGCAAACUAUCUGUUCGACACUUCUGGUAUGAUAACUUCUUGGUUGAAGGACGUGUCAGCUGAACAAGGCCAAGCAAAUGGCAUUGUUCCACUUACUCUUCCCAAUGUUGUGCCUGGUCUGGCAGAUGAGUCGCAUGCCAUCUGGGGUGACGUUGCUGUCAUGUUGCCGUGGGCCAUGUAUACCGCAUUUGGCGACAAGGCUAUUCUGGCUCGGCAAUACCGUAGCAUGGAAGCGUGGCUUCGAUGUAUCCCACGUCGUGAAGAUGGUCUCUGGGACUAUACUUCAGACUGGAAGCUGGGUGACUGGCUUGAUCCAGUGGCCCCCCUGAAGAUCCUGGCAACGCAAGCACUGAUCCCCUAUUAG